CUAGCUCAGAGCUGAUGCUCAAUCACUUCUCAGGAGUAGUGUUUGUUAGUAUUCUGUGCUUAUGGAUCUUUCUCCCCCACUGGACCAUGAGCUCCUGGUGGCCGGGGACUUAUCCACUUCUGUAACCAGCCCCACCUAGCACAUUACCUGGCAUGUGGGCUCCACAAAAAUUUGUUGAAUGAAGAGUUAGUAAGCCCUAAACUAGCCUUUUCUCUCUGUUGGACAUUUGGGUUGUUUCUAGACCUUUUGCUGUUAAGAAACUACUCCUCAAAGCCCUUCUAUUUAUAUUCCCUCAUUCGAUCUGCACACCCUGUAAAGUAGGCAGAAAGGGCUAUUUGCACAUAUCCACGUCUUGUGAAAGAUGGAGCGACUGUGGCUGAGGGAAGGGAAGUGAUUCCUAUGGGUCACAUCGCAAAUCAGUGACAAAGAUUAGAACCUCUGACCCUACCUCCCUUCCUUGGGUGGAUCUCUUUUCCCUCUAGCUACCUUCUUCUGGAUCAGGGUGACCUCUCCAAAAACGGAGACUGUGAUGGCAGGCCUGACCCGAGAGCAGCACAUGCACCCAGAAGCCCGGCUGGAGGUGAAUCCCUAGGAAACCAAAUGCCUUAUUUCCAAACACAUCAAGGCCUGUAUUUUCCCAGAGCAAGGAGCUUCUUGGGAAAGAGUCAGCAUGCUAGCUUUUCUUUUUUGUUUUGUUUUGUUUUCCUGAGGGGGUGAGGAGGCGAGCUCUGAGUUGUCCAGGAGGAGGAACUUUGGCUAAAAAUAGCUAUGGCGUAUGGAUCAGCCUCUAGUGGUACCCAGGACUGGGGAGGGGAGGGGGAUGCUCUAGAGCUGUCGCCAGACUGGUUGCUGUGGAAACAGGAGAGGAGCAGGGGAGCCUGGGAAGUGCGGAUGACACAGAUAGCAAGUCCUAGUCAGAGCUGCCGCUACAUUUAGGAGAAACAGCGGUGCCUGCGGCUCCCACCCUCCAAGGGGGCUGGGGUGGGGGGGGAGGCGGUGUCAGGGGCAUGGACGCUACACCCCCAGGGGUCUCUGCUGCCGGCUACUCUCCUCUCCACACGCUCCCCUCCAGGCCCCGCGCCGCCGCCCGGGCCGUGACCUCCCCGCCGCGGCCACGGCCAUGGCGCAGGAGAACGCCGCCUUCUCGCCGGGGCCUGAGGAGCAGCCGCGGCGCCGCGGCCGCCAGCGCUACGUGGAGAAGGACGGCCGCUGCAACGUGCAGCAGGGCAACGUGCGCGAGACGUACCGCUACCUGACCGACCUGUUCACCACGCUCGUGGACCUGCAGUGGCGCCUGAGCCUGCUCUUCUUCGUGCUGGCCUACGCGCUCACCUGGCUCUUCUUCGGCGCCAUCUGGUGGCUGAUCGCCUACGGCCGCGGCGACCUGGAGCACCUGGAGGACACGGCGUGGACGCCGUGCGUCAACAACCUCAACGGUUUCGUGGCCGCCUUCCUCUUCUCCAUCGAGACGGAGACCACCAUCGGCUACGGGCACCGCGUCAUCACCGACCAGUGCCCCGAGGGCAUCGUGCUGCUGCUGCUGCAGGCCAUCCUGGGCUCCAUGGUGAACGCCUUCAUGGUGGGCUGCAUGUUCGUCAAGAUCUCGCAGCCCAACAAGCGCGCCGCCACGCUCGUCUUCUCCUCGCACGCCGUGGUGUCGCUGCGCGACGGGCGCCUCUGCCUCAUGUUCCGCGUGGGCGACCUGCGCUCGUCGCACAUAGUCGAGGCUUCCAUCCGCGCCAAGCUCAUCCGCUCGCGCCAGACGCUCGAGGGCGAGUUCAUCCCGCUGCACCAGACCGACCUCAGCGUGGGCUUUGACACGGGCGACGACCGCCUCUUCCUCGUCUCACCGCUCGUCAUCAGCCACGAGAUCGACGCCGCCAGCCCCUUCUGGGAGGCGUCGCGCCGCGCCCUCGAGAGGGACGACUUCGAGAUCGUCGUCAUCCUCGAGGGCAUGGUGGAAGCCACGGGAAUGACAUGCCAAGCUCGGAGCUCCUACCUGGUGGAUGAGGUGCUGUGGGGUCACCGCUUCACGUCAGUGCUGACCCUGGAGGAUGGCUUCUACGAGGUAGACUAUGCCAGCUUCCACCAGACCUUUGAGGUGCCCACACCCUCAUGCAGCGCCCGGGAGCUGGCCGAGGCCGCAGCCCGCCUUGACGCCCAUCUCUACUGGUCCAUCCCCAGCCGGCUGGACGAGAAGGUGGAGGAGGAGGGGCUGGGGGAGGGGGCGGGCGAAGAGGCUGGGGCUGACAAAGAGCAGAAUGGCUGCCUGCCACCCCCGGAGAGUGAGUCCAAGGUGUGACCAGUUUCCUCCAGAUCCCUGUGGCAGGGCCAGACACAGGUACCUGGGGAGCUGGUUAUGGAAGGUGGAGGAGGGCGCAGGCAAGGUCCCUGGGAAUGCACUAAAGCUGGGGAGCCUCCUCAGAAUCUCAGGUCUGGGAUCCAACAUGGAUGGGAGAGAUCCUGAUUUCAGGAGAAUGGAGGGUGGGGAAUGGGUAAACUUGCCAGCCUGUCUGUGUUUGACCUUCACUUCUGUUCACGCGUGGAUGGAUGGACAGAAGGAUGGACCUAUGCGGGUUGGAUGAGAAGGUGGAAGCAGAGAGAGACAGCCAGCCAGUGGAUAGGUGAAUGGGCCAACAGACCAACAGACAGGUGGCGUGCUCAGGGCUGCCGCUGACUCAUAGAGCAUCUUGGUGCAAAUUCUAAAAAGGCGGCUUUUUCCUCCAGACUGACACUACCCCAAACUAGGGUGCAUGGCUUGGGGAGCAGAGUGUGGGCUGGAUUUUAGUCCCCACUCGCCUCCUCAGCCAGCUUCCCUGAGUCUGGCGCACCUGUCUCACUGGACACAGUAGCCCAAGCUGACCCAGAGGUGAGAAAGCUGGACGGAGGCGGGCAGAGAUGAGGAGGGUGCCCUCCCAGCUCCACCCCUGCCACUGUGACAGGCUGAGAGGGAGGGUGAAAGGCUGCAGGGCGGCUCAGCAGGGUGUGAAUGACCUUGUCCAUGUGUGCAGGGAAACCGGCGAUGGGGGAGAUGCCAGAGCUGGGGCCCUGGGGCAGGGCCUAGGAAAGGCGAACAAGGGAUGGCUAUUUUCUGACAGUGAAGUGAGGUCUCGUGAGUACCACUGCAGGGGUGGGAGGGGAUAGAGAGGUUCUGAGGAGGAAGAAGGGCCAGGGAGAGAUGGAGAAACAUGAGUUCACUAGAGCUGGGACACGGGGUCCUCAGGAAAGCAGAAUCAGUCCUAGGGCACAGUGAGAGGGAGUCGUUCACGUGGUUCACUGGGUGCCCGUUGGGUCCAGAGCACUGACCCAGGCAUGUGUGGGGAGGACAGUCAGAGACCCGAUUCCUAUUCUAGGAAUACAGUACACGUGGGGAAAACAGAGAAAUAUGCCUGUGGCAGCUGUUUCAAACUGAGAACCUGGGCGAUCUCUCCAAGCACGGGGUGGAAGGGCUUGGUAAUCAGAAAGCUAGGGAUUGCGUCAGGCCUGGAGAGUGACCUGAGCCAGCAGUCACGAACUUGGGUGGGCAUCAGGGUCCCUUGGAGGGCUUGGGAACACAUAUGGCUGAGUCCCACUCCCAGAGUUUCUGACUUAAUGGGUCUGCGGUAGAGACCAAAACUUUGCAUUUCUAACAAGUCCCAGGUCCUGCUGACGCUGCUGGAACAGGGACCACGCUCCGAGAAGCCCUUCCCUAAGCAGACUUGGGGGUCCUGUCAGGAGGUGGGCAUCAAGCUGAGGAGUAGCUGAGGGUCCUUGGGGAGGAGACUGAAAUAUAAUGGGUAUGGAGAACUGCGGUGGGGGGAAAGGAGACCGUGAAACCAAGGCUGAAUUGUCUGACUCUGGGCCUAGGGACUCACCCGUCAGUGGAAAUAGGGCUGUGACAAGCUAGAGAUGGUGUUUGGGCAAGAUGAGUAGGCAAGAUAGAUGGGACAGAGCAGUCAGGAAGGCUUCAGGGGAAGUGCUGCCAAGGUGGUGGCGAGCUGAAGUAGGAAGGGCAUCUGUGGCAAAGGAGAGAAUCCCACGUAGGACUUAAGAGGCAGGAUUAAAUGUGGGAGAAGAUGUGAGAGAGAAGCGAGAGUCCAAAUGUCUGGAUGUGACUGUGACCUGCUGUCUGCCCAGCUGGGGCAGGAGCCCCUGGAGAGGUGUUCCCAUGCCACGUGCACCCCCUUCCUGGUGUCAUCGCGGUCACCAGGGACACCCCCCCACCCCAGGAUUGUGAAGGAGGAGCAAUGGCGAGUCGAGAAGGGGCAGAGGUAGGGGGACCUGCCUCUGGGAGAGACGUGUACACACAGGCAGACACACCCUCCCACCACACGGGCCCAGCAGUGACCUCCAGCCCUUGGCCCUGGCUGUACCCCAUUCCUGUUCUUUAACAAAAGUCUGAGCCCCUUGCGGGGAAGCACCCCAGUGUGCUGCAUUCCAGGCUGGGAAGCUGGGGUCCUGGGGGAUGCUGUGCCUCCUGGAAGCAGGAAAGGGGGCUGCGGAGGGAGCCCACGCCAGCUUGGGUCUGCUCGGAGAGAACAGCUUUGCCUCAGGUCACAUGGUGACUUGGGUCACUAUCACCCAAAGAUGAGGUCCCUGAACACUGGUGCUGGCUGUUCCCAAAGAACAAAUGUUGGGGCAUGGGGUAAGAAACAGUUCUGGUUUAAUUUGCUGAAACAUCUGGAGUCUAGACAGGAGGGAGCGGGCUCUGGGUGUCCGCACUCACUCACGCAGUAGUUCACCCAUUGCAAGUGAACCCACCGUAGAGGAACUGAGGCUGGAUGGAAGGCAUUGAGACCCCGCCACCCCUCUCCUUGCCACUCAGCGACCACUCAGGGCCCCACUGUGUGCAGUGCAAGGAGUCUGGGGACCUGGGUUCUAGGCCUGACACUGUCACGAAUUAGUUCUAUGACUCUGGGCAAGUCACAUCACUUCUCUGGGCCUCAGUUUCCCUAUCUGUAAAAACAACACUUGGUAAACUGGUAAUGCUCAAUAAAUGUUUAAAUCACUGA